GAGUGGGCGAGGUUCUUCCUUUUUUAUUAACAUAUUCAACAAUUUACAAAACUCUCAGUGGGAGAAAAGAGCAGAUGUCCAACAGCGAUAAUAUUCAUAGAAACAGCAGCUGUAAAUAUGAGAUAAUCAAUAAUUGAUCAUUAGAUUAGUUAGAUUAGUUCAGAGACGUCAUCACAGAGGUUUAAAAUAAGGUGUCAGUUUGAAACAAUGGAGGAGGAGUGGGCGGGAUGACUGUUGUAAGAUGGCCGCCAUGAGUGCGUGAGUCAUCUAGCGUUUAUAUAUCUAUGUUUCUAGAGCCACUCAACAGCCACCACUCAAGCUAUCGCGAGAUUACGGUUGCCGACGGCGUGCGUAGCAACCGCUGUUGUCUAGCUCUGAAGCUCCGCCUCCUCGCGAGAGUUGCAAACUCUAACCAAUCAGAAUCGACCUUGGCUCGCCUGCACCAAUAGGAGCGUAGAGGGGCGGGUCCUGCUGGUCCCCAGUUCCGUGUGGAAAGUUUACCGGCUCGGGUGCAAACUUUGACCGUCUGCAAACCGAGGGGAGUCGGCUAAGGUUGGUUCUGUUCACCGGGCUCUACUCUCACGGCACCAGGCUCUGCUCUCACUAUAACUGGACCCUCUUCCUGUUCGGGACCGAGUGAUGCUGAAGGACCGCAGCGGUGGAUGAAGUCUCGGUCCGGUUCUCCUCGGUGGUUUAGUCUCAGGUCCGGUUAGCUCCCCGUUAGCUCGGACUAGCGCGUCCCAGUCCUCGAGCAGAACCUUUACUCUUGGUUUAUUGUGUUAGAAAAGGACGGGUUCGAAGAUGGCGUGUGAGCCGAACCGAGCCCGGCUCAUGUGUAUGCUGUCCCUGACGUUCGGGUUCUUCAUCGUGGAGGUGGUGGUGAGCCGGAUGACCCAGUCCCUGUCCAUGCUGUCCGACUCCUUCCACAUGCUCUCUGACGUCAUCGCCCUGGUCGUGGCUCUGGUCGCGGUUCGGUUCGCCGAGAAGACCCAGUCCACCAACAAGAACACGUUCGGGUGGAUCCGGGCCGAGGUGAUGGGGGCCCUGGUGAACGCGGUCUUCCUCACGGCCCUGUGCUUCACCAUCGUCCUGGAGGCCGUGGAGAGGUUCACCGAACCGCACCAGAUCCAGAGUCCGGAGGUGGUGGCCGGGGUCGGGGCCGCGGGGCUGCUGGUCAACCUGCUGGGUCUGUGUCUGUUCCACGGACACGCGGGGGGAGGAGGGCACGGACACUCGCACGGAGGAGGAGGGGGAGGAGGGGGUCACGGACACGCGCACGGACACAAGAACAAGAGGGUGAAGGCCGGGAAGAAGGCCGGAACCGGGUCCACUCUGGAGGAGACCAACAACCUGGUGGGGAACCACAGCAGUCCGGGAGAACCGAGACAGAGACACGGUGAGUUCUGGUUCUGACCGGGACAGUGGGGGAGACCGGGGUCAGGUGAGCCAAAGGCGGAGUCAGAGGGGAUGAUGGGAAAAUAACCGCGGACCCGCUUUACACAAAGACGAUAAUAAUAAUAAUAAAUAUAAUUAUUAUGAUAAUAAAUAUUAAUAUUAUAGUUAUUAUAAUAAUAAUAUUAAUAUUGUAGUUGUUAUAAUAAUAAUAAUAAAUAUAAUUAUUAUAAUAGUAAUGAUAAAUAUUAUAGUUAUCCUCAUAAUAAUUCUCUCCUCGCUCAGAUCUGUCGUCCACGUCUCUCGGCCGUCAGACUGAAAUCAGAGCAGCGUCACCAGCUGAUGUCGUGUUUUAGAAAAGAGUUCAAAUCCUCUCAGAUUUCACUCUCAAACGUGUAAAAACAGUGUUGGUGAUUUACUGCCGACCUUCAGAGGUGCAAAAAUAUUUACAAAAGUGCAGAAAAGAAAAAAAAACAACAAGUCAGGAGAGAACUGAAGAAACAGGAACAACAGUUUCUGUCCUUAAAGGGACAGUGAGGACGAGCGUUUUAGACUCCAGUUCUGACCAGAGGGUCACUUCAGACACCAUAGACCCCCCAGACCCGGGGUAAGUGGACCAGAGGAGACCCCCUUAGUUUAGUCCUGCUCUCUUCUGAAGGUGACGGUUCUGUUUACACUCAGUCUGAUGAACAACAUCCUGAAAUACUGGGUCAUCUUAACCCGGUCUCCCCUACUGGGACCAUCAAGACAGACCCCCCCAGAGCUGGUCUGAGUGUGUCCCCCCAGAGCUGGUCUGAGUGUCUCCUAUAUUUAAUCUGUUAGACCUUAUCUCCACGUUAAGAGUCCAGAUUACAUAAGACCCGGUCCACAGGUCCACAGGUCUUCAGAGCUCUCUGAGGACAGUCUGUCUGAGGACAGUCUCUCUGAGGACAGUCUCUCUGAGGACAGUCUGUCUGAGGACAGUCUGUCUGAGGGACUCGUGUCUGCUGGACUUUCACAGAGACUAAAAAAAAACAACUUUUUAACCUUAAAUAGUGAAGAACUGUGUUUUUGAUGUGAGAGUGAUUAUUGAUUAUUGAUUAUUGAUUAUUGAUUAUUGAUUAUUGAUCAGACGGAGACUCAGACAGGUUAAAGAUCUCGGGGUCGUUCACGGCUGUGAAAAGUUCUCCAGAACCAUCCAGAUGAAUCUGAAGAGUUUUCUCUCAGUCAGGACGUCCCGGUUCUACACGUCCUCCAUGACUCUGUCCUCCCUGUCUGGGACCAGGACCCUCCGUCUGUAACGAAACUGUCCUGAUACAAACGGACCUGAAAAACUCGCCAUCAGAAGCCAAUCAAACGGCGCCGUGGUUCUCCACAGGUCCAGCUGGUUGAGCUUUGGUUCUUUCAUGAACCUUUAUUUUCUUAAACGGGUUCUGAAGUGUGUGAGCGGCUCCGACCCGGUGAGUGAAAUCAGGGAGGUUCUAAAGCGGCGCCGACAGUGAGACUGUCAACCUGAGGAACACGCCACAGCUCCUGUGUUUGUUCCCACAUAUACUGGACCCACGGCUCAGUCCGGGUUUCCACGGCCCGCCUCAGUGACACAGUCUCAGGUUUCAGCUCUGUCAGAGUCUUCCUGGUCUGGUAGCAGGUCCAGACUUGUCCUGGAGUCUAAAAGUUCUGAUGAAGAGAGAUCACACCGUAGUUCUAAUGUCACACGGUUCUGGUUCUGGUUCAGUUCACUCGUUCACCCUUCAGCCAUGACACCGUGAACACAUGAGAAACCCAUCAGAACAUCUGGACCACAGAUCCAGUUCUCCUGCCUGAUGAUCUAUUCUAUACUUAUCUACGUGUGACAGUCCUAACCUGUCGAUAUCAAACACUCUAAAGCUGUGGACCACACCUGACCCGGCAGGACCACACCUGACCCGGCAGGACCACACCUGACCCGGCAGGACCACACCUGACCCAGCAGGACCUCUGUCCAGGUCUUUUUGGUGGAUCUGGAUCUCCUCCAGCUUGGAGUCUUCUUGCUGCUAACAGGGGGCGGGGUCAGAGGUCGGGCUGGGCGAUAAAACCAUAAUAUCAAUAUAAAACAUGAUCAAUAUCCUUUUCAAUAGUCGUCAUUCUGACAUGUUCUGGUCGACUAACGAACAGUCGGGCUGGACGAUCUGCUUUUCUCCUGAUUUGAUUCUUCUGCGAUUUUUUUAGAUGUCGACUUUAUUUAAAUCGUGAUUCUACGAUGUUGUUGAUUUUCUCGAUCUUUAGUCUGUAUUUUAAAGUGAAACAGAUCAAUGAUUCUGAUCAUCUGCUGAUAUUCCAGAUUAUAUUGAUUUUUUUCUCCCACCCCUAACGAACAGCCAAUGAAAAGGGGAGUUUCUCCGGGUCUGAACCAAUCAUGUUCUGAAUUAGAACCAAGUUUCAAACAGCUGUGUCGUAGCAGACAGCAGCUACACCCAACCAUAGCACUUUAACAUCACAACGACAAAACGCCAAAGAGACACAAAGACCUCACAGAUGAUUAUUGUGUUUUUAAAGACAUGAGAUCAAUAAACACUGUUACAGUUUUAGAUCCUGAUAUUGAUCGAUGAUCAGCUGAUAUGAAAUCAAUAAUAUAUCCUGAUGAACUUUUUCCCUCCUCGCCCGGCCCUCCUUACCUGGAGGCGAGCAGUCGUUGCCAUGGUUUCUCUCAGAGUUGUGUCCACGCACACGUUUGUGUAAACUGUGUGUAGCCGGUCGGUGUGCGUCUGUGUUGUUUUUUUUAAUUCUGCGUUGAAGUGGCGUCUUUGUCGUCCCCGUGACUCCGCCCUCCACAGUGGGAGGAGUCAGUCCACUCACUCUUCUUUGUGACUCGUGCUUCAACCUCAAAUGACGUCACCUCUCAGUCCCUCAGCUGAUCAGGGCGCCGUGCUGCGGGGCGUUCUCUACGGCGUCUGCCUUCUCCACAGAGUUUACUGUUGUGGUCGUACGUCAGUGUCAAAGGUCAAAUCUAACGCCGUCUAAACUCUGUCUCCUCAGAUAAAAGCAGCGCAGAGGUGCAGAUGAACGGAAACACCCACUAUGAGGACCUGGACCACGACCACGACGACUCCUCGCAGCUCAACAUGCGCGGCGUCUUCCUGCACGUGUUGGGGGACGCCCUGGGCUCUGUCAUCGUGGUGGUCAACGCCAUCAUCUUCACCUUUGUGUGGAAACCCUGCGACGCCAACACCACCUGCAUUAACCCGUGUAUCAACAGCCACACCACGGACCACCAGCACGUCAACCACACGCUGAUCGACCUGCUGGAGGGUCCCACCGUGUCCCCCGUGACCUUCGCCGGUCCCUGCUGGGUCCUGUACCUGGACCCCACCCUCUGCAUCAUCAUGGUGUGUAUCCUGCUCUACACCACCUACCCGCUGCUCAAAGAGUCCGCCCUCAUCCUGCUGCAGACCGUGCCCAAGCAGAUCAACAUGCACCGGCUCAACGAGCGCCUGCUCGGUCUGGAAGGCGUGCUCGCCAUCCACGAUCUGCACAUCUGGCAGCUGGCCGGCAGUCGCAUCAUCGCCACGGCGCACAUCAAGUGUCACGACCCCACGUCUUACAUGGAGGUGGCCAAGCGGAUUAAGGACUUCUUCCAUGACGAGGGGAUCCACGCCACCACCAUCCAGCCCGAGUUCGUCACCUUCAACUCGGAGUCCCGGGACUCUCUGUGCGAGCUCUCCUGUCGGACUCAGUGCGCCCCCAAGCUCUGCUGCGGUUCCGCCGACAAACAGAAAACAGAAAGGGGCGGGGCCUCAGCCCUGGAGGUGAUCAGCGAGACCGCAGAGCCGGCGGCAGCCAUUCAGGUGUGUCCUCGCUCAGAGGCGGAGGUCGUGGUUGUGGCGAGAGAGGUGGAGUCGUCUCUGUGA